UUCUCAUUUCCUCUUUGCAGAGGAAUUUGGCAAAGGGCAUUGGUUAAAUAAUAAGACACUCUCGUUAGAGUGCUCGUCCCUCGUGCCCUUACCUGCCUAUUCCAACUAUCUGGCAAAAUCAUGUCUUUGAACCAAAAUGCCGAGUUGAAACCAAGGAUGGGCUCUUUUAAGAAGAGGAGCUCUUCUAAGAAUUUGAGGUAUUCAAUGACCAAGAAAAGAAGAAGUAGCAAAGUGAUGUCUGUGGAGAUCAUCGAGGAUGUGCAUGACGCCGAGGAGUUGAAAGCGGUUGACGCCUUUCGCCAAUCGCUUAUACUCGAUGAGCUACUCCCGGAGAAACACGAUGACUACCAUAUGAUGCUUAGAUUUUUGAAGGCCAGAAAAUUUGAUCUUGAGAAAACCAAACAGAUGUGGACUGAAAUGCUUAAAUGGAGGAAGGAGUUUGGUGCUGACACUGUCAUGGAGGAGUUUGAUUUCAAGGAAAUUGAUGAAGUGUUGAAAUACUACCCUCAAGGACACCACGGAGUUGACAAGGAAGGACGACCUGUGUACAUUGAGAGGCUAGGUCAAGUAGAUUCUACCAAGUUGAUGCAAGUCACAACCAUGGAUAGGUAUGUGAACUACCAUGUUAGGGAGUUUGAGAGGACCUUCAAUGUUAAGUUACCAGCGUGCACCAUCGCAGCAAAGAAGCAUAUUGAUCAAAGCACAACUAUUCUUGAUGUCCAAGGAGUGGGACUCAAAAACUUCAACAAGGCUGCUAGAGACUUGAUCACACGUCUUCAAAAGGUCGACGGUGACAACUAUCCUGAGACCUUGAACAGGAUGUUUAUCAUCAAUGCUGGCUCAGGAUUCAGAAUGUUGUGGAACACGGUUAAGUCCUUCCUUGACCCAAAGACUACAGCAAAGAUCCAUGCAAGUAUUCAANGAUUUUGA